AUGACGAAAUUUAGCACUUUGUUGUCGGCCGUCUUCUUGGCCAUUGGAGGCUUCCUCUUUGGUUAUGAUAGUGGUAUCAUCACAUCCACUAUUGGCCAACCGGAAUUUAUAAAAUAUUUCUCGAACCCGAACGAUAACACCACCGGUGGAGUUGUAUCUGCAUUCCAGGGUGGUGCUAUUCUAGGAACCAUUGUUAAUGUAUUUACCGGUGAUCGCCUGGGUCGAAAGCGCUCUGUUUUUUUUGGAGCAUGUGUCUCAUGCUUUGGAUGUGCUUUGCAGGCGGGCUCAAAGAAUAUGACCAUGCUGAUAAUAGGCCGAUUCAUUGCUGGUAUUGCAGUCGGUAUGCUUACAUCUAUUGUUCCUAUGUAUGCUGGUGAGAUGGCCGAGUCAUCGACGCGUGGUAUGAUGUCUGGGUUACUUCAAUGGAUGUUAAGCUGGGGAUAUCUCAUCGCUCAGUGGUUGGGCUACGGAUGCUCAUAUGUUGAGUCCUCUUUUCAAUGGCGUUUUCCACUAGCCUUCCAGUGCAUUCCCGGUCUUAUUCUCGCUUCUGGAGUCUGGUUCCUGAACGAGUCACCUCGUUGGCUGAUGGAGAAAGACCGUCAUGAUGAGGCCCUUGCGAGCCUUCAACGUCUGCAUGGAGAUGGAACCCCCGAGAAGGGCCAAUAUAUCGAACUUGAAUUUCAGGAGAUCCGUCAGACAAUUGAAGCCGAGCGUAUGUCGAACAAGAUAACUUGGAGUUCAAUUAUUACAAAGCCUUCCUGGCGUCGUCGCCUUGCUCUUGGUUGUGCAGUCCAAGCCUUUGGCCCCCUUUCAGGUGUCAAUGUCAUAAACUAUUACGGCACGCGUAUAUAUGCCUCGCUCGGCAUUCAGACACAUACCUCGCUGAUGAUUAUUGGCAUCUCCGGUGGCCUUUCUAUUGUGUACUGCACGGCGGGGCUGUAUCUUCUAGAGCGUGUUGGACGUAUAAAGCCUCUAAUAAUCGGUUCCGCUGGCAUGGCCGCUGCACUUGUUUGCAAUGCUGCUAUGUCUCAACACUACGAGGAAUCAAAUUCUAACCAGUUACGCGCCAUGGUCGCGAUGAACUUUGUUUUCAGCUUGUUCUAUACCUUCAUUGGCAUCAUUUCAUGGGUUUAUCCUGCUGAGAUCUUCCCUGUGGACAUCCGCAACCAGGGCAACUCAAUCACCACUUUCACGAACUGGUCGAUCAACCUAAUCUUUGCACAAAUUUCGCCAACAGCUUUGUCAAAUAUCGGAUUUCGCUACUUUUACGUCUUCUUUGCUCUCAAUGUAGUGGCUGGAAUUUCAUACUUUCUCUUCUUCCCGGAAACCAAAGGUAGAACAUUGGAACAGAUGGAUUCGUUAUUUGGCGAUCAAGAUAUUUCCGGGGCUACUAAAGAGAAAAUUACCGGCGACGCUGCUAUUGAGCACAUCGAAUAA